AGUGGACACUCAUGGGAUAUAUGAUUGAAGGUGGUGGCUCCAAGACACUAAGCAAAGCCAAAAAGUGGUUGUACAUGCAUCCAGAAAUAUCACAUCAACUCUUGAAUCUGUUGACAGAGGUUAUAAUUGAUUAUUUGGUAAUGCAGAUAGAGGCUGGAGCACAGAUUGUACAACUUUUUGACAGCAAUGCGGAAUAUUUAAAUAAAAAUUUGUAUAUCAAAUUUGGUUUGCCUUACCUGAAGAAGAUAUCUGAAGGAAUCAGGACAAAACUGAAGACACUGAACGUAGAACUAGUACCCCUGGUACUAUUUUCCAAGGGAGCCCACUUUUGUUUUGAAGACUUGGCUGAUUUGGGCUAUGAUGUCUUGGGAGCUGACUGGACAAUGACCCCUCAGUUUGUAAGAUCAACUUUGAAAAAUAAGAAUAUCACUGUGCAAGGUAAUCUCGAUCCGUGUGCCCUUUAUUCCCCUAAGGAAGAACUGACAAAAAUGGUCACAAAUAUGAUUGAAGCAUUUGGAACUGAACGUUACAUUGUCAAUUUGGGACAUGGUAUUUAUCCCGAUGUUCCUGUGAAUGCCGUUGAAACACUGAUAAAAGCUGUUCAUGAUGUUCCUAUUUAGAAUAUUUUUGAUGAUUUGUGCAUUUCAAUAUUAUGAAUAGAUACUUCUUUAUAUUUUUCA